CCUUACUUUACGUGAGUAAGUCCGUCCUUACCUUAUUGUAUUUUCUGUUUAAAAAAGAAAAAGAAAAAAACAGAACAAAAAAAAGCCCUAAAUCAAUCGAUUUCAGAUUUCAGACAGCUGAUUCUCUUUGACGAGCAGCUUUGAGCCUUCUAACCGCUUCUUCGACAUUCAGCGAACACACCAAGCCUUCUCACGCCACGGUUGAUCGAAGAUUGGUUGCUCAACUUGCUCUUCGACAGUAACGAACAGAGGUCAAUUGCGAACACAACCUUCUCAAAUUCAACGGGUUCCAGUAUUGUAGGUUGCAGUUAACUUUCUUAUAUUGAAAUGGAGUUCAGAAACAAGGAGGCGGAGCAAUUGACCUUGACAAGACAACAGUUACCAUGGAAGCCGAUGAGACUAGUGCCGGAGGGUUAUUUCUACCUGGGAAAGAUAGAGUAGUGUUUAGACCUCCUGACAGGAAGUCUCUUUUAGGGUUAGAUGUCCUUGCAAAUGUGAAACGGGGUGGACCUAAGGUAGACGCAGGCUUUAAGGUUCCAAGAGUCGCCUCCGUUAUGGCAUCUGUCGAUGAAGAGGAAUCUACAUCCUCAGUAAUUGAUGAAGAAGGAGGUGGUGCUUCCAGUAGCACACAUGGCUAUGCCAAGCGGCAGUAUCGUGAAACAUUUUCAAGCGAGACAUCUUUAGAAAGCCAAGUGACUGAAGAGAGUCAAGUUGCUGACACACCUGGGAGGCAUCACUUACGUAUACGUUCUGAGAUUGCUGCCACAUCUACUGGAAGCUCCCGGUAUGCUCGGUCUAGGAGUCCUAUGUAUGACAUGGAUGAUCAUGGUAGGGUGAGAAGCGAUUCCAGGGGUGACUCAAGAAGUGAAAGCAGGGAGUCAAGGAAGAGACGUAGUGACAGCAAAGAACAGAACCAUGGAAGAGUAUCACGUGGUCGAUAUGAAAAAGAGUAUAAUGGAGAAUAUGGAAGAAGACAAAGUAGAUAUGAAGGUUCCAGGAGGACACCUGGCAGAUCUGACUGGGAUGAUGGGAGAUGGGAAUGGGAAGAUACACCAUGUCGGGAUAGUCACUCUAAUGCCAGCAGGCGCCAUCAACCUUCACCAUCUCCAAUGUUUCUUGGUGCCUCUCCUGACGCACGAUUGGUAUCUCCAUGGUUGGGUGGCCAUACACCAAAUUCUGAUGCUCCUGCUGCUUCUCCCUGGGAUAGCAUCUCUCCUUCUCCAGUUCCGAUACGGGCUUCUGGGUCCUCAGUUCUAUCUUCAAGUUCUCGAUAUGGAGGAAGAUCUCGUUCUCACAACCUUCAUUUUUCUGCAGAAAGUUCGCAACCGUUGGAGGAUGGAGAUGCUGAUAAGAGCUAUUCAUCUAAAGAUGACAAUCAAGAGAUCACUGAAAGUAUGCGCUUAGAGAUGGAAUACAAUUCCGAUCGUGCGUGGUAUGAUAGAGAAGAAGGCAAUACAAUGUUUGAUGCGGAUAGCUCAUCAUUUUAUCUUGGUGACGGGGCUCCCUUCCAAAAGAAAGAGGCAGAAUUGGCCAAAAGACUGGUCCGAAGGGAUGGAACCAAGAUGACACUUGCUCAGAGCAAAAAGUUGUCACAGCUCACAGCUGAUAAUGCUCAGUGGGAGAAUCGGCAACUUAUGAGAUCUGGAGCUGUUCGAGGUACCGAGGAGGUGCAGACUGAAUUUGAUGACGAGGAAGAACGGAAAGUAAUGCUUCUUGUUCACGAUUUAAAACCUCCUUUUCUUGAUGGGAGGGUUGUUUUCACAACGCAAGCGGAGCCAAUAAUGCCAUUAAAAGAUCCCACAUCCGAUAUGGCUAUAAUAUCACGCAAAGGAUCUGCCCUGGUUCGGGAAAUUCAUGAAAAACAAAGUCAGAACAAAUCUCGUCAACGUUUUUGGGAGCUUGCUGGCUCAAAACUUGGUGAUAUCCUUGGGGUUGAGAAGACAGCAGAACAGAUUGAUGCAGACACUGCUGUAGUGGGUGAAGAUGGCGAAGUUGAUUUCAAGGAAGAUGCUAAGUUUGCACAGCACAUGAAGAAGGGGGAAGCAGUGAGUGAUUUUGCAAAGUCAAAGACAUUAGCACAGCAACGGCAGUAUUUGCCCAUAUAUUCCGUACGGGAUGAGUUGUUGCAGGUAGUUCGUGAAAAUCAGGUGGUGGUGGUAGUUGGAGAAACUGGCUCUGGAAAGACAACACAAUUAACUCAGUAUUUACAUGAAGAUGGCUACACGAUAAAUGGUAUUGUGGGCUGCACCCAACCAAGACGUGUGGCAGCUAUGAGUGUUGCCAAAAGAGUUAGUGAAGAGAUGGAAACUGAGCUCGGUGAUAAAGUUGGUUAUGCCAUUCGUUUUGAGGAUGUGACUGGACCGAAAACCGUAAUCAAGUACAUGACUGAUGGUGUACUAUUGCGUGAAACACUGAAAGAUUCUGAUCUUGACAAGUAUCGUGUCAUUGUGAUGGAUGAAGCACAUGAGAGAUCACUAAACACCGAUGUGCUUUUUGGGAUACUCAAGAAAGUUGUUGCUACGCGUCGUGAUUUUAAGCUUAUUGUGACUUCUGCAACUCUAAAUGCUCAGAAAUUCUCAGACUUUUUUGGAAGUGUACCAAUUUUUCCCAUCCCUGGAAGAACAUUCCCGGUGCAGAUCUUGUAUAGUAAAACACCAUGUGAAGAUUAUGUUGAAGGUGCAGUGAAGCAGGCCAUGACUAUCCACAUUACAAGUGCUCCAGGUGACAUACUCAUCUUCAUGACCGGCCAAGAUGAGAUUGAGGCAACCUGUUAUGCCCUUUCAGAGCGCAUGGAGCAGCUCGUAUCCUCCACAAAGCAAGCAGUCUCUAAACUUUUGAUUCUUCCCAUAUACUCCCAGCUGCCAGCUGAUUUGCAGGCAAAAAUAUUCCAGAAAGCUGAAGAAGGGGCCCGCAAGUGCAUUGUGGCUACCAACAUUGCUGAGACAUCCUUGACCGUUGAUGGAAUAUACUAUGUCAUUGACACUGGUUAUGGUAAAAUGAAGGUGUACAACUCAAAAAUGGGAAUGGAUGCUCUCCAGGUUUUCCCCAUUAGCCGUGCUGCUGCUGACCAGCGUGCUGGACGUGCUGGUAGAACUGGACCCGGCACUUGUUAUAGACUUUAUACUGAGAGUGCAUACGCGAAUGAAAUGUUGCAAAGUCCAGUGCCAGAAAUCCAGAGGACAAAUCUGGGCAAUGUGGUUUUGUUGCUGAAGUCUCUCAAAAUUGAGAACUUGUUAGAUUUCGACUUCAUGGACCCUCCUCCACAGGAUAACAUCAUUAAUUCCAUGUACCAAUUGUGGGUCUUGGGUGCUCUUAACAAUGUGGGAAACCUAACUGAUGUUGGUUGGAAAAUGGUGGAGUUCCCAUUGGAUCCACCACUUGCUAAGAUGCUCUUGGCGGGAGAGCAACUAGGAUGCAUAGAUGAGGUUUUGACAAUUGUAUCAAUGCUUUCAGUGCCAUCAGUGUUCUUUAGGCCUAAGGACAGGGCGGAGGAGAGUGAUGCUGCCAGGGAAAAAUUCUUUGUUCCAGAAUCUGACCACCUCACGCUAUUAAAUGUUUACCAGCAAUGGAAAUCUAAUCAAUACCGGGGUGAUUGGUGCAAUGAUCAUUUUUUGCAUGUAAAAGGGUUACGGAAAGCAAGAGAGGUGAGAUCCCAGCUACUCGAUAUUCUGAAAACACUGAAAAUCCCACUCACAUCCUGUGGUCCUGAUUGGGAUAUUGUGAGGCAGGCUAUUUGUUCUGCAUACUUUCACAAUUCAGCAAGGCUUAAAGGUAUUGGGGAGUAUGCUAAUUGCCGGAAUGGGAUGCCAUGCCACUUGCACCCAAGCAGUGCUCUGUAUGGUUUAGGUUACACCCCAGAUUAUGUGAUUUAUCAUGAGUUGAUCUUGACGACAAAGGAGUACAUGCAGUGCGCAACAUCUGUAGAGCCCCAGUGGUUGGCGGAGCUGGGUCCCAUGUACUUUGCAGUGAAGGACUCAGAUACAUCAAUGUUGGAGCACAAAAAGAAGCAGAAGCAAGAGAAAACGGCCAUGGAAGAGGAGAUGGAAAAUUUGAGGAAGGUCCAAGCAGAGCUAGAGAAAGAGGACAAGGAGAAGGAGAAGGAUAAGAGGGCUAAGCAGCAGCAACUAGUCUCAAUGCCCGGCUUGCGUCAAGGUUCUACCACUUACCUCAGACCUAAAAGGUUUGGCUUGUAAUUGUAAUCUAUGUUAUGUUGUAUCAAACAGAUUAGCAAGAUAUUUUCUUUAGUAAAUAACAAUUUUUUGUUGAUACCUUUACUUCAGAAAGAAUCUGUCUAUUUUGACAAGAGUGUACAGAAUACAGGUUAAAAGAUGAGAUAAUAUACAGUAUGACAUUUUAGAUCUUGUAUUUUGUGUC